GUUGCAGGGCAAGUGAUCCCAUAACUAUUAUUGGAAACAACAAAGAAAACACAAAAAAGUCUCUUCCUUUGUCCAAUUUCACCAUUUCCUCUGACACUUUUCCUUCAUCUCUUUCUCUCUCUCUCAUCAACUACGCGACCUUUGGCUCUCAAUUAGAGCCGACUUCAAUAAUUAAUCCAAUCUAAUUUCCCCCUUUUUUUUAUUCAACAAACACAGGAACACAGCAAUAGUAUUAUUAAUUAUUCCUCACUGUUCUUCACUUCACUUUCAAUGUCAACAGUUCGAAGAUUAAUGGCGUUCAUAUCUAAUUCUCUCUCACUUAAACAUGGCUUCUCUAUAUAUUCAUCUUCUUCUUCUUCAUUUUCUCUCUCUAAACUCCAUUGUAAUCCUUCGCUCGUCGCUUCUAGAACCUUCCAUCGUAAUCGAAGUUUCUCCGUUACUGCUUCUAGUUUCGCCAAUGAUAAUCGAGAGUAUGUGAUUGUUGGAGGAGGAAAUGCGGCGGGAUAUGCGGCGCGGACAUUUGUCGAACAUGGAUUGGCUGAUGGCAAGCUCUGCAUUGUUACUAAAGAGGCUUACGCACCGUAUGAGCGUCCAGCUUUGACGAAGGGCUACUUGUUUCCAUUGGAUAAGAAGCCUGCACGGCUACCUGGUUUUCAUACUUGUGUUGGAUCUGGUGGUGAAAGGCAGACUCCAGAAUGGUACCAGGAGAAGGGGAUUGAGAUGAUUUAUGAAGACCCAGUGUCGGGUAUUGAUAUUGACAGGCAUACUCUACAAACCCAGUCAGGAAAAUCGCUGAAGUAUGGAUCACUUAUAAUUGCAACAGGCUGCACGGCAUCAAGAUUUCCAGAAAAAAUUGGAGGAAACUUACCCGGUGUGCACUACAUUCGGGAUGUAGCAGAUGCUGACUCUCUAAUAGAAUCAUUGAAGAAAGCAAAGAAGGUGGUGGUGGUAGGCGGUGGCUAUAUUGGCAUGGAAGUUGCUGCAGCAGCUGUGGGAUGGAAUCUUGAUACUACGAUCAUAUUCCCUGAAGACCAUCUUUUGCAAAGAUUAUUUACUCCUUCACUAGCUAAGAAGUACGAAGAGCUCUAUGAGCAAAGUGGUGUCAAAUUUGUGAAGGGUGCUAUGAUUAAAAACCUAGAAGCUGGUUCUGAUGGAAGAGUGGCUGCAGUGAAACUUGAAAAUGGCUCUACCAUAGAAGCAGAUGCUAUAGUUAUUGGUAUUGGUGCCAAACCUGCUGUUGGUCCUUUUGAAAAAGUUGGCUUAAAUACGACUGUUGGUGGUUUAGAAGUUGAUGGUCUGUUUCGGACGAGAGUUCCUGGAAUUUUUGCUAUUGGAGAUGUAGCAGCAUUUCCUUUGAAAAUGUAUGACCGUAUAGCUCGAGUUGAACAUGUGGAUCAUGCCCGCAAAUCAGCUCAGCAUUGUGUUAGUGCACUAUUGAGUGCACGAACUCACAUAUACGAUUAUCUGCCUUCUUUCUACUCAAGGGUAUUCGAGUACGAGGGGAGCCAAAGAAAAGUGUGGUGGCAAUUUUUCGGGGAUAAUGUUGGUGAGGCAAUUGAAAUCGGGAAUUUUGACCCCAAGAUUGCUACAUUCUGGAUAGACUCUGGGAGACUGAAAGGGGUUCUUCUUGAAAGCGGAAGUCCUGAGGAAUUCAAACUUCUUCCUAAACUUGCAAAAGCUCAACCCUUAGUCGACAAAGCUCAACUGGAAACUGCAUCAUCAGUAGAGGAGGCCUUAGAAGUUGUUUCAAAAUCACUGCAGGCUGAGGCAACAGUCUAGGCACGACGAUUAACUGGUUGACAAUACUUGGUUCAGCCAUUAAGACUGUAUGUCUGUAUCAUGUCUUAUAGAUAUGGAAGAUUUAGUUCAAUAUUUCACUUGCGAAUCAGGAGGGGGAGUUUUAUUUAUGCCCCCUAUAUUUGUUGUUUUCUUAUCCCUAUGGCCUAUAGUAUAUAUAAAAAAGAGACGGAGAGGGCGAGAGCCGAGAGGUGAAGUUGAGGAGGGAAAGUUUGUACCGGCGAUGGCGUUGUGUAACUUGUUUCUCGUUCACCAUUUAAAUAAAAUCUAAUUAUUGAUGCA